UAAAGGAUGGAUGCGGUUUCCAAAUUUUAUCUAACCAGACACAACUCAUACUCGAAAUUAAGAAAACUAUCAGAUUCUCAAUGAUUUAAUAAUCAAGAAUCACUGCGAUAGGAUUAACGGUUGAUUGAUUUUACCAAACCGGUUAAUUUAAUUGUUUACUUUGAAUAAGAUUUAAAGUUAAUUUUCCCGCAGUGGGUUUUCGGUUGUGUCUAUGGUUACUCAAUGAAAACAUGAAAAUGUCGCAAUUUGAUUUUGAUGUUUUUGAAUGUUGACUAUCCAGUUAAUUGAUUGUUCUUUCAACUUCAACCAAUUUUAUUCAAAUUAUUUGACAUUUGGUGAUCAUCUAGUCUCUUCAAGUCUGUGGUUUUUAUUGGUUUGUUGCUGAUACAAAAUUGCACUGCAAUUUAAAUUGUUACCAUUUAAAGGUUGUUUAGUUGAAAGAAAAUGUUACUUUUAUCAACGUGAUUUAAGAUUGAAUUUAUUUUAGCGUUUCUUUGAUUGUCCCCCUUUGAUUAACAUGUCAACUUAUUCUGCUACAAGUGAAGAUAUUUUAUCCCGGAUUAGUACAAAUGACCUUUUGGUACGAACCAUUUUGGACAAUCUGAGUGCUCGACAAUUAGAAGAUGUUAAAUUAGUUUGCCACCAUUGGCAUAAGAUAAUCAGUAGUAUUAUCAAAAAUCGCGUUUAUUUUGAUACUUUUCAUCUGAUCUACGAUUCUAAAGGUUUCAGAAUGAUCGGUGGAGACCAAGAAGUGCUAGAAAGAGUUCUAGAUGGUAGAGACAAGCGACUCUUUCUCAGUUAUCUUGUUAGAAUGAGUGAAAUCUACAAAUCAGAUAGUGAGGAUUCUGCUAUCACCCAAUUGGAUCAAUAUUUUAAGCAGAAAUUGUUGAGUUUGCCUGCUCUCGGUGUCAUUUUCACUUCUAGUAUCACAUUAGCCAGAAAAAUAAGCGUCAAAACUUAUCUACCGCUGAAAAGUCAUCAACUAAUUAUUUGUUCGCAAGCUGGAAUUGUGGGUCAACCCUCAAUAAGAUCAAGGCCCAUCGAACUGGAAAAGUAUCAUUUCAAAUUGGACGCGAUUUCUGGUUCGUUUGCUGCCCGAAAUUGGGGCGACUACAAAGUUAUUAUUACCGAUUGGAAAGACGAAGAAAGUCCCGAACCAGAUCCUAAUGAUGCUAAUUAUCCAGUUAAAUGUUCGAUCAUUUUAUCAAUUAAUUUCGAGGGAGGAGAUCGAUUCAAUUCAUGGCUGAAUUCAAAUGAAAGGCCGAUCCCUAUUGGAGGCGCUUUAGUGGACAAAAUAUUUUACAAAGGAAAAGAGGUCGAUAUGUUAACUCUUUCGUUCGUAGGUAAGAACGUGAAAGCGGCCAGUUUUGUGUUGGACACAAGAACAUCAAGAGAAGCGGAGGCCAAAUUAACGGAAUUAAAGAGUAACCUUGAUUUCGAUGUUGACGAUAUAAAUGCCGACGUAAAAACAAUCGGAUUCCUGUUCAUUUGUGCGGGACGCGGGGCUGAAUUUUAUUCAGGCAAUUUAAAUGUCGAAUCAAAUAUUGUUCAUAAAAUUUUUCCUCAUGUUUUAUUUUCUGGAGUUUUUGGUAAUGGAGAAUAUGGUUGGAAUUGUUUCAAUCAACCUGAUUCUAAAAAACUCAAAUUUAGCGAUCAUGAUUUAGCUCUUAGCUAUACUACUGCUAUCGUAUUGGUCCAAUUUAAUCGUCGGCGAUGAGUCGUUUUAAUCAAGAGUCAUCAUCAAAUAAUUAUGCCUAAUCUUACAUUCUCAACUUAAAUUGUAAUCAAACUAAUUGUUGUCAACUUUUUCUAAGCCAAAAGAGCAGUUUAUUGAAUAGAAAUGCAAAUAUUUUUAAAGAAAAAAAUUUGAUCCUUUCUAUUAUUGA